GAAUUGGGAUAUCCUCAAACAUACUCACAUUUCCUCACCUAAUAUGACAACUUUUGCUACAACUCCAACCACACUACUCCUCAUACCUCUUCUGUUUUUCAACAGCAUUAUUGCUAAGAAAGAGUGGGUCAGUCAUGCCAAUACCGACCAACCCGGCAAGCGAUGGGCGCUCCUCGUUGCUGGCUCCAAUGGUUAUGAUAAUUACCGACAUCAGGCGGAUGUAUGUCAUGCAUACCAAAUACUGAGGAAGGGUAUUCCUGAUGAGAACAUAAUCGUUUUCAUGUACGACGAUAUUGCGUUUCAUCCAGACAAUCCAAGGCCAGGAAUCAUCAUCAACAAACCAGGUGGGGCUGAUGUUUACCACGGAGUUCCCAAGGACUAUACAGGAAAGGAUGUGAAUUCAGUGAACUUUUACGCUGCCAUUUUGGGGAACAAAUCUGGUGUUACCGGAGGAAGUGGUAAGGUUAUUGAUAGUGGGCCUAAUGAUCAUAUUUUCAUCUACUACACCGACCAUGGUGCUGCUGGAAUGCUCGGAAUGCCCAUGGGUGACUAUAUUUACUCCAACGAUCUAAUGGACGUGCUGAAAAGGAAACAUGAAGCCAAGAGUUACAAAAGCAUGGUAAUAUAUGUGGAGGCAUGCGAGUCCGGGAGUAUGUUCGAAGGAUUGCUUCCAGAAAACAUGAAUAUAUAUGCAACAACGGCAUCAAAUGCAACAGAGGAUAGCUGGGCUGCAUAUUGUCCUGGACAGUCUCCUACUCCUCAUACUGGCUAUGAUACUUGUCUCGGAGAUUUGUACAGCGUCGCUUGGAUGGAAGACAGUGACAAGCAUGAUUCGAGCAAGGAAACUCUGAACCAACAAUAUCAUACCGUUCGAAGAAGAACUUCGGUUGAUAAAGUUGGGUAUGGAUCUCAUGUAAUGUUGUAUGGAAACGAAAGCUUUGGAAACAAUUUCCUCAACACCUAUUUUGGUAAUACCUCUGAUGACAACAACAAUGAAUCCUCUGUUAAGAGUACUCAUAUCAUUUCUUCACUAUCAAAUGCGGUAAGCCAGCGUGAUGCUAGCCUCCUUCAUUACUGGUACAAGUUUCAAAAUGCCCCAUAUGGGUCUAGAGAAAAGAUGGAGGCUAGCGAGCAGCUAGAGGAUGAAAUUCUGAGUAGAAGACAUGCUGACAACAGUAUAAAUCAAAUUGGUGAUCUUUUGUUUGGAGAAGCAAAGAGCUCACGAGUGCUUUACCGUAGUAGGGGACAUGGACAAUCCUUCGUUGAUGAUUGGAACUGCUUUAAGAACUAUGUGAAAAUCUAUGAGAAACAUUGCAAAAGAAUGUCAAGAUAUGGGAUGAAAUACACGCAAGCUCUAGCUAAUACAUGCAAUGCUGGGAUUACAAUGGACCAAAUGGAUCAGGCUUGCCUCCAAACUUGCGUUGGUAACACCUGAAAUGGGAUCAGUUUCUCGUCGUGUUAGCCUGCCAAUGCUAGGCGCCAGUCUUUAUACAUGUAUAAAGAAUCUCUAAUGCUAAUAAUAAACUAAUGAUAUUAAUGUUAAACUAGUAAUCAA